GCUUGCUAUGAUUAUAAUUUAUUUCUUAGCCUACUACACUCACCAAGGCAAAUAAACAUACAGCUGACAUAGCUUUACACAGGUUUUUUCAUACAAGUCUUGUGUGUAGUUCAUUUGAUAUGGAUUCAAGAAAUUUUAUACAACAUUAAUUUCAUUGGCUUGCAUCCCAUUUACGUAACAAACAAAAAAUAAACUCAUAGAGAGAAAAAAAAACAUUUGCUCGUUGUAGUAGAAAAUAGAGGUUGCCAACUUAUUCCUAUUGCAGACUUGCCCAAAAUUCCACUAUUUGUUUUCCAUAAAUUAAUAUUCGCUCGCAACGAUAUUUUUGACUCCUACACAGUUCAAUUUUCACGACACCCUCCAAGUUUGAAGCAAAUGCUGAGAGCAUAUUUUCCAUUGCGUUGCAUUGUUGGAGAACACGUAACACCAAUAACGUCAGCUGCAUCAAAACAACUUCCUGAGCUCACUUCUCACCACUCACCACAAAUGAUCUGUGUUUUCCACUUUUCCACAGACCAUAGCUGACAUUCUCUCGCUCUCUCGUUAUUCUCACGAACGAGCGCCCUUACUUCUCACCGAUUACUGGUCCAUCCAACCGCGCGCUCCGACGAAACCUGACCUUCGUUACAUUUUGAAUUCCCUCAGUGCCAACCGAUUCGGAUCGACGAACGACGAGAGAAUUUGGACCACGCGCGAGAGCGUCGAGAGCAGCAAACUGCUUCCGAUUUUCCUUUCGUGAAUGGAAAGCCUGGCGACUGUAUCUACGGAUGGUGAUGACGAUGAUGAUGAUGACGGCCUGGCUUGGCGCUUGUAGGAUUCGAUCUGGUUGCUCUCGGAACGACAGUCGGGCGCGCGGAUGCUCCUUUAGAUGCGAAUCGCAUGCCGGUCGUUCAGGACGUGUACUCGCGGCGUGAUUUUUCGUGGUUCCUAGUUGCUGCUCGUGCUUGGAUUGCAAUCUGUGUGCUGUAGUUCUGAAGUUCUGAUUUCGCGCAGCAUAGUUUCCGCUGAUUAGCCUGCGGUGGCUGAACGAGGUGUUCUAUUGCGCGAAGUGACCUACGUGACGGAGUGCACUUCCGGAAGUUGAGAACCGAAUUAGGGUGGAUCGGAACUAAAUGGCUUCAUUAUAGGAGUGCGCUCGGGAGUUUCUCGUGAACAUCGGACCCGGAUGCAGUCAGCCGUCCAGCUGCGCUAUUGUUUUUGUAUGGUCAACCGGACGCAAGUCCUUUGUGCUUCCGAAGGGGCGCUCGUUUGCGUUAGGAAGAAGAGAGUGGAAACAAAAAACAGCGGUAAAAGCAAAUAUUUGAGUGCUCUCCAGUGAAAUUGGAUGUGCUGCUGACCGAGUGGCUGGACGAGUCCUGCGGUCCAAAAAGCGAUAGUGAUACUCAGUUGGAGGUGGGGAAGGUCAUAAGGUGGAAAGCGAGGCCAAGUGCUCAGUGUAGGUGGAAAAUUGAGUUGAAAGUUAUUGGCGAGUCGAGUUCACGUGCUUGGGAAUAUUUGCCGCAGCUCUCUGUGCUCUGUGACCGUACGUAAAGCUAGAAAUCACACAGAAAAAAAAAGAGUGCAAUUGCAACUGUGCGGUGUGUGGGAAGACGCGAGCAUCAGCCAAAUAGUUUGUGAAAGGAAUCGGAGCAUACCCGUCCGAUGAAAGAAAAAUAAAAACCAGCUCAGUGUCAUUUAUCCUACGGAAAAAAUACAUACUGAAGCAAUAAGUGUGUGUGUAUGCAGCCGUGGAAAAUAAAUGUGUUUCCGAAGCGAGUAAAAAAAGUGCGAAGGUGAAAAAACAGGUGCUCAAAUGAAUGGCACUUUGAUACAGUGAAACUCAACAACAACCAGUGAAUACCGAUUGAGUGAGAUGUACCAGUUUUAUUGAAUCUGCAAACAGUGAUUCCGACAAAAAGAGAUUUGUUUAUUCAGCCUUCCUACCGACGACGAGAGCCAGAGACAUCCUUCCCGUUCGACGCGCUCCGUCACCAUCGCACGUCACAUUGCCAUUCAAAUAUGGUAGAAUAGCUGUCAUCCCGUGCACUUGAAGCGUGUCGAUAGAGCUCAUAACAACGAACGAAAAAAAAAUCCCUUUCAAAAAGCAUAAUUAAAAAAAUAUUUAUGAAUAGCAUCGAAACCCGUCUGUCAGUGUGAAUGAAAGUCAUAAAGUGGGAGGCCACCAAAACAUCGCCAGCCAUAAUAUCGCCCCGGUAAGGCCAAAGAACUGCUCUCGGGUGCUCGUCUCUAGAAAAGUGUGCCGUAUGCGUGCAUAUGUUGUCCAAUUGCGGGAUGAGAGCCGAAGACGAGUAGCUACGACGGCGAGGAUAUAAAAACAAUAAAAUUAGCUUCCGACAGUGCGCCGACGACCGGAGAGCAUGUUAACAUAAACGAAGGGUGCAUUCAAUAAGCUGUCCGUAGAGUUUCACUUUUGGAGGGCGGAUAAAACAAGAGUUCUGGAAGAGAAGAGAAAAGGCUGGAAGUGACGUUUGGAAGGGCGGAGUGGUUUGUUUACUUGGCCGCUGAUGGAACGACGUCGACAACGAUUCCCAUCCGUGAGUGAAAAUCUAUAAAAAUCUUCAGGGGGCAAUUAAAGUGUAGUUCGGUUCGACGACGAUGUUCUUCCCUAACUUUCCAGUUCCAGUGGUGGAGGUGGACGCCAGCUGAGCUCAAGUGGGCAAUUAAAAAUUAAUGUGGAAACAAGUCAAUCCGGCAAGGAAACGGCCUCUUCAUGCUAAUCAUUAUGGGAAAAGUGUGAACAGGGUGUGAACUGACUGCCGGGUAUAUAAUUCGAUUCGGGAUCGUGAGUGCGUGAGUUUUUGGUGCGUGAGAAUAUUCUGCCUGUGGAAUAAAAUUCAACGAGAGUGCAUUUUGGGAAACCCAAACAACUGGAAACAUGUGGCCGCAGACGACGAGUAUUGGCGGUUGGUUCAACAACAUGCGGAUCGGCGGAAGUUGCCUUUUGCGUAGGCUCAUCAGCGUCGGGAUUCUGCUGCAGAUUUUGGCAAACUUCGAUUUCAGCGCCGGAGCGAUACGAAACGUGCACCUGGUGGUAGAUCCGCCAGCCGUCCGCCGAUCCCACCACGCCACCCUCCGCUGCCUGUACGACCUGGGUGACUCGCCACUCUACUCGGUCAAGUUCUACCGGGGCCUGCGGGAGUUCUAUCGAUACCUGCCGAGCGAGUAUCCGGAGAAGAAGGCCAUCCCCUUUCCGGGAAUCAACGUCGACCUAUCGCUUUCAAACGCCAGUCAAGUCGUGAUCCGAAACGUUGGCUUCGGACUGUCUGGGAACUUUUCCUGCGAGGUGACGGCGGAUGCUCCGCUAUAUUCGACGGCGACCGGACACAUCCAGAUGCAAGUGGUCGAACUACCGGACAGUGGUCCCACCCUGUGGACGGAAAGCAACCGCUACGAGGCCGGAGAUGUCCUGCGGGCAAAUUGCAGUUCGCCACCUUCCCGACCCAAAGCGGACCUGAAGUUGACACUGAACAACAUUGUGAUUUUCACCCCGGAUCAGACGACGCGAACCACGACGGACAGUCUCGUGACCACGGCCAUCUCGUUGCGAAUCCAUCUGCAGAGUUCGCACUUUGCCGGGGUCCAGAUGGGUGGCGGGGGCAGCGGUAGUGGAACCCUGGUGCUGCGAUGUACGGCCACCAUCGGAACGCUGUACGAGCGGUACUCGGAACUGGAGCUGGGGGUACCACAACGGGAUCCGGUUCCCGCGAGGGUCACCCUGACCGGUGCCGCAGCGAGCAUCUGCAAUUCAUCGACCACACUGCUGAUGGUGGGUUUCGCCCUGGUUCUGCUGUCCCUGAUGACAAGCGACCGAUUAGCUGCUUCAACGCUGCCAUCCUUGCCAUCACCGCUGGUCCACCGAAGAUAGUCAGCUUAAGCUGGUGCACUCCUUCCAACAGUAGCUGUAGCAGCCACAGAAGCAGCCGGAGAAAGUGUCCACCCGAAAGUUGUUCUAUCGACGAAAUAACCGUGAACGAUAAUUGAAAAAUACCCCUUUCUCUCUCGCCGAAAUAGUACUUUGUCCCAUGUCGAUGGGACAGAAAAGGAAACAAAAUUCAUCAUCCACCAUCCCAUUUCGCGGUAGAUCCUAGAGGGUUCGGUACGAAAAACAAUUCACCGGAGGAUGAUAAAAAAAGGAAAAGAGCUAGUGUCGAUGGGAAUCGAUCCCAGGUGUACGAUGCAGAUUAUCGUUUUGGGUUUAGGUAAAAUUCGGAUCGGGUAGAAGACGGGUGGGCUUGGGAAGGUAGUGCAAAGUGGUGUCACCAUCAUCGUCGGGAUGAAUUCGGAGGGAACCGCACUCUUACAAAAAUUCAGGUAAAUUUACGUCUUCUUUGAUGCACAUAAAAGAAGCGAACCAUUUGACAUAAAUUUACAUCCAUUCUUAAAAUUACAUGACAACAAAAAACCAAAAAAAAAAAAAUAAAUACACGCCGGGACGUAAAAGCCAUAACAACUGACUUUUACAUCACGACGUGUAAUUCUGUGCUUAUCUUGUUGUCGUCUCCUCAAGAAUACGAUGACCAAUUCUCAUGCGCUAAAACGGAAAUAUUUUGAAAAAACUUACCUUUUGCUACUAUAAACUAUGAAUACACAUAGGACUGGUAAAAACUUGGAAGAGCAAUCGUUGCAACGAGUUUUCUGUUGCAUACGUUUUUGUAGAUUCCUCUAUUCUCGCGGGAGUGAGAAUUAGAAUGCAGGUUUAAUUGCUUCUUUUUCGGCAAACACGCACUUUAUUAUGAGACGAAAAAUCUUCAACGUAUAACAAGUAAUGAUGCUUUCAUCAGAUUACACUGCUUUAAUAAUUUAACGGAACACUACUGGAACCGGUGUAAAUCUCUUCUUCCAAAUUAUAGGUCGCAAUCAGCCGUCGCGAGCCAAAUUUUCACACCUGCGGAGCGUCACUCUUAAUAAUGCACUAACUACCGCACAACCACACUUUUCCGAUUGAAGAUAACUAUUAACAGUUUCACUGCAAAAUGAUAUUUGCAAAUAUCGCGUUCUGAAUAAUAAAUUUUCAAUUAAUUCGCACAUAAACACUCCAGAGAAAAGUCGCGACGUAUUACACCGGCCAUGUUUGUUGAAAACAAACUCAAUGACUGGUAUGCUGCCGGCACAAAGUCAAAGAUCAUGUAAAUUUAGGGUUUUUAAAACUGAAAUUCCAGUCUAAUAAUUAUAUUCUACGGCAUGCAACAUGUGCGAUUAGAAAAUUGACGCAAACGUUACAUGUGCUUGGAAAGUUAAAUUAGUGAACGUGAUUUUCAAUCUAGUUUUAUUGGAAAUCUUUUUUUGUUUUACGGUUUUGAACCUUAAAUCAUAAGAAACAUAAAAUUGUGUUGUAAAUGCAUUUGCGUCACAAAUUAAAUCAGUGCAGAUUGGAUUAAGUCGCAUGUAAAUUUCAUUUUUUUUAAGAGUGCGUGUAAUGAUAAUUUUAUUUAGGUUUAAGAGCACAUAUAGAUUUUAGACAGGCGGAGAGCGUGAACUUCACUCUGGUGUACAAAAACUCUUACUAGGGAGCUUAUCUGAAUAUGGUUUUGUCCAUCAGCGCCCGCGAAAUACAGCUAUCCCCGGAUGUAGGACGAUAAUUGGUACCGCGUAGAUGGGAACCACGUAGGUGAAGACGCAUUGCUUAUUGGGACAAACAUGUUUUGAAAUCCAUGAUGGCGGAUGAGAAAACAAAAUGACGACCACGAAAUGAUGAUUUUGAUCGUUAAUAUUCUAUGUCUUGAGUGUAACAAUAUAUCCCAUGAUAGAAUCAACUAACUGAAAUCUCAUAAGCUACGGGUCUCCAUCUACGCGGAUUCGUCCAAUAUGGAAACUUUCAGAACCGUACUACGUGAAAACCGCAUAAGUAGAUGCAAUACGUCAUAGAUCGGGAAAUAACUGUAUUUCGCCAUACAGCGCAGUAGCGGAAAGCAAAUUUGAUAGCAAAAUGAGUAAAAUGAAAUUUAAUUCUCCUAAGUUGUACUUUAUUCUCCUGUGCAAAGUGGCGACACACGAACACCCACAUCCACACUACCAAUAGCGCUGGGGGCGAUGGAUUAUCGAAGCUUUUUUUUUUGAAGAGUUGGGAAAAAUUAGACGGUGGAUCGACGAUGACGAUGAUGGUGAUAGGUUUUUUGUAGAAUUUUGCUUCGACGAUCAGAGCACAUGGUUAAGUGAGGUGGUGGUAGUGGCGAGAAGAGGGGCGAUAUGUAAAACACGGAGAUAUCCCAAAAGCUCCAUGCAUGAUAAAAUUUAAUUUUCAUUUAACGACAGCGAAGAAUUGUGUGAUAGACUGCAGCAGCAGAAGAUGGAAGAAGAAGGGAGAGCUUCGAAAAAGCGGUGAAUGCAAAUAGUAGUUUAACGUAGAAAUAUCUGUCGCUGUUCCCUGUAUUUGUAUCUAGUGAGAAAGCAAAGUGAUU